AUGUUCGCAGUUGUUGUUCUUUUUUAUGCUGUGACAAAGACAGCUGCUCAUGAUCAAGCUUUGAGCACAGUGACACCACAGUCACCACCCAUACCAUUUUUAGAUUUAUUUACAAGUGCCUCAAAUUACUAUACGGAACCAAUUCGAAAAACUUAUUCCGAUUCUGGCUACCAUACGUCAUGUCCAAAGUCAGAUACGCUAGCAUCAUUCGCUAGUAUUUUAGGUAGUGCGGCAAAAAUAAUGUUAUCAGCGGCUGUUAUUGCUCUAAUGAAAUUACUAGCAGGCAAACUAUUCCUAUUUCCUCUGACACUGAUGGUGCUCGCAAAAAUGGGUUUGAAAGCCUUGUUACUAUGGCCUGUGAUAUCGAAAAUGAUGAAAUAUUUAAAAAGGAAAAAGAAGAAAAAUAAAUCUCGAAUGAUCAUGGACUGCUCGGAGAGACUAGCGUGUGUAAUACAAAGAUCAUCAAAUAGCGGCUGGGGCAGUAAUUUCGGUGCGGCUGUGACGUUCUCUAUAAUCGAUGACGUAGACGAGGACGGUUUCAUCGCUAAAACACUUUUAAGCAUUCUCGCUGGGGACAAGGUCGCGGAAUGUAUGUCAAUGGACUGCAACUCUGGAGGCGACAUAAGCUGA